CACGUGCACACAGGGUCAGCUGAUUAGGGUGUAUACAGUGUACAACAGUAGUUAGCCUGUUAGCGGCUCAAUUCCCCUCUGAUUCUCUUUAAUAUUGCAAUCUGCAAUAUUUAUUAUUAUAGUUAUGGAGGCAACGCUGGAGCAGCACCUGGACGACACAAUGAAAAGUCCUUCAAUCGUUGGGGUUUUGUGUACAGAUGCCCAGGGUCAUAAUCUCGGAUGCCGCGGCACCCUGUCUGAUGAGCACGGUGGGGUUGUAUCUGUCCUGGCGAAACAGGCUGCCUCUCUUACUAAAGACCCUACAGACUCUCCCACCGUGUGCCUCGAGUCUGACUCUGGGAAUGUCCUGGUGAGAACACACGGAACCAUCACUGUCGCUGUGCACAAGAUCGUGUCCUGAAGUCUUGUAGUGUUUGAGUUGCUCCCACUGAACAGUAACUCAUGAUCUCUGUCUGUCCUUCCGAUAACUCUUAGCUGCUAUGUGAUACAGGUUUUGCAAUGCUUUUAACAUUUAAUGGGUUUCAGAGAAAUUAAGAAAACUAUAAGUACUCAUUUUGUAUGCUCAUAUUAUGUCCCUGUUUUGAAUGUUUCUGAUAAUGAUGAACUGUUAUUCCUAUUUAAUAUUUUUUUUGCCAUUAAAUAAAUUAUAUAAAAAAAA